AUGCAAAGUUGGAGUUGGUUAAUUCAGCCACUUCUACAAACGAGAUCAUAAGAAGACAAGAAGGAAGUGGUGAUUAAGCAGAUUCACAAAAAGCAAUUACAGCCAUUUUUUAACAGAUGUUCAGAAACGAAAUCAUAAUAUUUAAGCAGCGUAAUUAUCAGUACAUUCACACAUAUUAUUAAACAGCAAACAAAUAUUAUAUAAUUACUGAAUUUUGCGAACAGGUAAUGCGCUAAUCAAUAAUCUGUAGACAUUCUUUAAAUAAUAAAAUAAUAAGGUUCUUUGCUUGAAAAUACAGUAAUCAUUUAUGUUUUACAAAUUGGCGAGGCAUUGAAGUACAGAUUGUUCACAGAGAUAUCAAACCUUCCAAUAUCCUAAUCGAUAAAAGAAAGUUAGACUAGCAGAUUUUUUUUGACUUUGCAAUCCAUUAAGACAGAUUUUGAAUUGAAGAAAGACAAUUCCAGAUUGGAUCUCCAUUUGUAUAUAUAUAAAGAAACACUGUUAAAAAAUGAAUACAAUCAUAAAACUAACUUUGGUCCCUUGGUGUACUGUUUUUUGAAAUAAUUUUUAGUAUGCACCCAUAUGUAUUCCAAAAGAAUUUUACCCAUUUAUUUAAUGGAAAUGGAUGAUUUAGUCAGAAAAUUACAAAAAAUAUCAAAAGGAUUAUAUCUUGAUGUUUAAACAUCGGUUCUCAGAAGCUUUAACUGA